AUGGCGUCGCCGACGCAUGCCAUGGACAGCGCCGCCGGCGACUUGUUCUACCGAGCGCUGCAAUCACUAGAAGCACGUGACUUUGUACUCGAGGGCCAAGCAGAAGACAUCGCCCAAGAAUACGCCGACGCGCUGUUUCGCGAGCUUACUGGCGUCGAUUUUAAUUCUGAUUUGGUCAUGGCGGACGCAGACGACCCUGAUGCUCCAGACGACCCGGCGUUGGGCGAAGCGGUGGCCGAGGCGCUGAAGACCGUGGAAGCGCCGUCCGACGGGCAGGGCUGCCCGAUCUGCAUGGAGGACGACGGCGAUGACGACGCAGCGACGACAUCCGCGGGCGCGUGGAAGGAGACGCCGUGCGGGCACCGGUUCCACGGGCAGUGCGUGGAGAGGUGGCUGCAGGCCAAGGGGAGCUGCCCCAUGUGCCGGCACCAGGUGGUGACCAUGCCCGCCGCCGCCGCCUCUAGUACUAGUUCCGAUGUAUUCGCAGGUUUAGAGCUGGCCGAAUUUGAGGAUGUCUUCAGGGAGUUCAUGCGUCAGGGUGCAUCUUAUUAUACCCAACUGUGA